CUUAGCCACGCAGAAGUCGGGUUUCUGGUAUGUUUCCACGCCAGACCGCGUAAGAGACGAUGAUGUUGGGCACCCAAGGUGGAGAGGGAUUCGUGGUGAAGGUCCGGGGCUUGCCCUGGUCUUGCUCGGCCGAUGAAGUGCAGAGGUUUUUUUCUGACUGCAAAAUUCAAAAUGGGGCUCAAGGUGUUCAUUUCAUCUACACCAGAGAAGGCAGACCAAGUGGCGAGGCUUUUGUUGAACUUGAAACAGAAGAUGAAGUCAAAUUGACCCUGAAAAAAGACAGAGAAACUAUGGGACACAGAUAUGUUGAAGUAUUCAAGUCAAACAACGUUGAAAUGGAUUGGGUGUUGAAGCAUACUGGUCCAAAUAGUCCUGACACGGCCAAUGAUGGCUUUGUACGGCUUAGAGGACUUCCCUUUGGAUGUAGCAAGGAAGAAAUUGUUCAGUUCUUCUCAGGGUUGGAAAUCGUGCCAAAUGGGAUAACAUUGCUGGUGGACUUACAGGGGAGGAGUACAGGGGAGGCCUUCGUGCAGUUUGCUUCACAGGAAAUAGCUGAAAAGGCUCUAAAGAAACACAAGGAAAGAAUAGGGCACGGGUAUAUUGAGAUCUUUAAGAGCAGUAGAGCUGAAGUUAGAACUCAUUAUGAUCCACCACGAAAGCUUAUGACCAUGCAGCGGCCAGGUCCUGACAGACCUGGGGCUGGCAGAGGGUGUAACAGCAUUGGCAGAGGAGCUGGCUUUGAGAGGAUGAGGCGCGGUGCUUAUGGUGGAGGCUAUGGAGGCUGUGACAAUUACAAUGGCUAUAAUGAUGGCUAUGGAUUUGGGUCAGAUAGAUUUGGAAGAGACCUCCAUUACUGUUUUUCAGGAAUGUCUGAUCACAGAUACGGGGAUGGUGGCUCUACUUUCCAGAGCACAACAGGACACUGUGUACACAUGCGUGGAUUACCUUACAGAGCUACUGAAAAUGAUAUUUAUAAUUUUUUUUCACCACUCAAUCCUGUGAGAGUACACACUGAAAUUGGUCCUGAUGGCAGAGUAACUGGUGAAGCAGAUGUCGAGUUUACAACUCAUGAAGAUGCCGUGGCAGCUAUGUCAAAAGACAAAGCAAAUAUGCAACACAGAUAUGUAGAACUCUUCUUGAAUGCUACAGCAGGAGCAAGCAGUGGUGCUUAUGGUAGCCAAAUGAUGGGAGGCAUGGGCUUGUCAAACCAGUCCAGUUACGGUGGCCCAGCCAGCCAGCAGCUGAGUGGUGGUUAUGGAGGCGGCUAUGGUGGCCUGAGCAGCAUGAGUGGAUAUGACCAAGUUUUACAGGAAAACUCCAGUGAUUUUCAAUCAAACAUUGCAUAGGUAACCAAGGAGCAAUGAACAGCAGCUACUACAGUAGUGGAAGCCGUGCAUCUAUGGGCGUGAACGGAAUGGGAGGGAUGUCUAGCAUGUCCAGUAUGAGUGGUGGAUGGGGAAUGCAAUUGAUCUAGCCUGAUCACUGAC